CAUCAAGCGCUGCAUGGACAUAUCAGUUUGACUUUCUCUCUUUAGUGUUUUCAUGAGUGUUUUCAAAGUGUUGUCUGUGUGCAUGGUUGUGUUUAGAUGUUGACGGGAUGACGUCACAGGUUGAUGUGAUGUGCUGUAAAUCAGUAGGAACAGAUCUGUCCAUGCCGGAUAUUGAUGGUUUCAUCACAGAAAUCUUUCAGCUGAAGAAAGAGGUGGCGUUACUGGAGGCAAAGCUGAGGGCAAGAGGAGAUCAACUCAACACAGAGAAACCCAGACACAAAGAGGACACGGAGUUCAGUCUCACUUUACUCUGUUAUACUGACACAAACCCCACAGAUGCUCAGGACACUGUGUGUGCAAGCACUCCUUGAAUCUGAAUGAAUCUACUGAUCAAACCUCUACGGUGUCUCUGGAUUCUGUAUGUAACGCUGGAGAACAUCAGAUCCUGCACACCACACCACCAAAUAUAUGUUCUGUCAAAAUGAUGGACUGCAGGAAACUGAAGGAGAUGAGAAGACGAACCACGGAAGAAGAAGAACAUCACACUGAUGAAGAUAAGAGUCAUGAUGAAGAGAAAGAUGAUGAUUUUAUUCCUUCAGAUGAGAGCAGUGAUUUGUGUUGUGAUGAAGAAACGGCAUCAGCACAGCUACUGACAGCACAAACUCUUUCCUGCAUCAUCUGUGGAAAGACAUUCAGUUCACAGAGACAUUUAAAGACACAUGAGAGAAAACACACAGAACAGAAACUCUUCACCUGCACAAGAUGUAACAUCAGCUUUCCUACCUUACAAGAGAAGAAACUUCAUUCACAAGAGCACAGAGAGAAGAAACAGCUUCACUGUGAGCAGUGUGGGAGAGCGUGUGAGUCCUCUUCAAGUCUGACGAUCCACAUGAGGACACACAGUGGAGAAAAGCCUUUCCGCUGCAGUGAAUGUGACAAAUAUUUCAGCCGCAAAACUUAUCUUGUUAUUCAUCAGAGAAUUCACACGGGAGAAAAACCGUACGAGUGUCCUCACUGUAAGUGGAGAUUCAGCAAUAAAAGCAAUCUCAGUCAACAUGUGCGUGUACACACCAAUGAGAGACCAUAUCAGUGCAGUGAAUGUGGACAAGCCUUUACACAGUCAAGUUCUUUAAAGUUACACCAAAGAACACACACUGGUGAGAAACUCUAUCAGUGUUCACACUGUGAUAAACGUUUCCGUAAGAAAUCUCACGUGAUGUGCCAUGAGAGAAUUCACACUGGAGAGAAACCUUACCUCUGCUCUCACUGUGGGAAGAGCUUUUCUCGGUCGAGUUGUUUCAAAAUCCAUCAGAGAGUUCACACUGGAGAAAAACCUCAUCACUGCAGUGUUUGCUGGAAGAGUUUUAGUCGGAGUUACAGUUUAAAGACACACCAGAGAACUCAUACAGGGGAAAGACCUUACAAAUGCUCUCAAUGUGAUGAGGCGUUUACUCAAAGAGUUCUCCUGAGAAACCAUGAGAGCGUUCAUACUGGAGAGAGAAACCUACCACUGCUCCAUUUGUGACGAGAGAUUCAGUCAUUUAGGACAUUUAGUCAUCAGAAGAAACAUGCUGAAGUACAAACUAUACUGGAUUCAUUUGAAAAUCUAAUAUGAAAUCUUUUUAAAGUUCAUUUUGCUCUACGUUUGAAUAAUAUUUGGUCUGUUGAGAGCUGUGAGAUUAUCUGGUUAAUUUUAGGUUACAAACCUUAAAAUGUAAAAUGAUUUCACUCCGAAAAAUGAAAAUACUGCUGUGAAUUACUCACAAGCCUAGGACAUUCCUUCACCUUAGGAACGCAAAUUAAGAUCAUUUUGAUGAGGUUUGCUAGAUUUAGGACUCCCGCCCAUAGACAGCAUGGCAACUGACGCAAAGUGCAGAAUGUCAGUUGCGUUGCUGUCUAUGCAACAGAGAGGGGGGUAGUGAUCAAAAUGUCAAAGCUCAAUAACCAGUUGUGAAUAACAAUAUUCAAUAAAUAUUCAAAUUCAAAUGAU